AUGAGUAAGAGGAGUCCAUGUAAUCUGAAGAUAAUCCUGUACAUGCUACUUCUCAACUCUCUCUUCCUCUGCAUCUACUCCGCUUUCCACUCCUCAUCGUCGUCUCCGGAGCCAAAUCCAAAUCUCCCAUUGCGAUUUCACGUCUCUCUCAGCAACCACUCGGCGACUCAGAAGCCGUGGCCGAUCUUACCUUCUUACCUUCCCUGGACUCCGCCGCAGAACAAUCUCCCCGCUCGCUCCUGCGAAGGCUUCUUCGGGAACGGAUUCACCGGGAGAGUUGAGUUCCUCAAACCGAGAAUUUCUAAAGAAGGAAGCUGGUUUCGAUGCUUCUACAGGGAGACGCUACAGAGCUCGAUAUGCGAGGGGAGGAAUCUGAGGAUGGUCCCCGAUCGGAUCGCGAUGUCGAGAGGAGGCGAGAAGCUAGAGGAAGUCAUGGGGAGGAACGAGGAGGAGGAGGAGUUUCAAGAAGGCGCGUUUGAGGUAGCGGAACAUGUUUCAUUCAAGAAGAGAAACCGCCAAACGCGGCGCGGUUUCUCGGCGGCUGGUGAAUGA